AUGUAUACAACGCAAUACAGUUAGCACUAUUAUUCCCACAGUUAAAUUUCGAUUGAUAUUUUUGUUUAUUUUCUAAUGUGUAAUGUAUUUACAAUAAUAGACUGAUUCUACAGUAGACUUAUCCUACAAUGUGCAUUCAAGUCAAGUAGACUUUUGGUCUGUUUAAACAUUUGGCAAGUCAAUGGUCAAUAUGGCGUUCUCUCCACAGAUCCAUUGAAAUAAAUGUAAAACAAUGAAAUGCUAGACAAGUGGAAGCAGUUAAAUAUUUAAGAAGGCAAUAAAAGAAAAACAAGAAGACUUGCAUGUGUGAACAAAAAUAGAAGAUGUUUGAGUCUCCUAGAAGUCUGUGUGAGGUUUGCAUUGAUUUUAUUUGUGACAAUAUUUUGAAUGUAUGUGUCGUAAGCACAGGUUCAGUGGAGUCACCUUCUUGCAACCAGCAAACUGAAUCCUCUGUGAAUAAUAGUAACACAGAUAUUUUGGCUAAUACUGCAUUAUUGCCUAAAACAUCUAAUGAUGCAUCAUCAAGCUCAGCAACAAGACUUAGUUUUAAGCGUCCAGAUAUUUUUAUACCUGCUGAAAUUUCAGAAUUACUAUUAUCUAAUCUCUGCGAAAGAAAAGCAUUAUGUGAUGAGACCAUAACACUUUUUGAUUCAAAAUCCACUAGAUUAAGAUGUGUGCAGUUAAAAGAUGCAUCUGUAUUAUCAGCAAAAGGCUUGAAAGUUUUAAAGCAACAUAAAGUUCAAGAGUUAGUAGUAAAUGGAUUAACGAUAACAAUUAAUGAUCUCAUAAGCUGUUUAGGUGAUUGGAGUUUACAAAAUCUUAGGUCAUUGAGUAUAGCAAGAGGAAGUUUUUUGGACUGUUCACGGUAUUGUCUGCUAGUAACACUAAGUAAAUUAAAAGCAUUGACUUCAUUAAAUGUGUCUGGAACAAAUUUUAAUCAACAUGGUUUGGAAAUAGUGGUUGACGACCUUCCCCUUUUAGAAAAUAUAAAUAUCUCUUGUACAAACGUUGAUGAUAUAACACCAUUAAAAAAAUGUAAAAAUCGGUUGAAAACUCUUUACAUGUAUAACUUGAAGAUAAAUAAAAGUGCAAAUUUAGUCUCAGUAUUAUUGGAAUUAAAUGAAUUAAGGCAUUUAGACAUUUCGGACGAAAAGGAAGUGUUUAAUUCAGUUAACCCUGUGUUUAAUGCCUGCUUUAGAAAACCAGAACUAACACGUCUCUUAAAAGCUGUAGACUGUAUGCCAUAUUUAAUUAGUUUAGAUUUAUCUGGUAAAGGAGAUAUAGAUUUAAUAUACUUGAAAAAAUUUAUCAAUGCUCAUCCACAUUUAAGGUUUUUGGGACUUGUUGCUACACUUGCUUGCUACGAGGAUAGUUUAACAAAUUUUACAAAUAAGGAUUACAGACCUGAACUUGUUGUUAGUGGUACAGCUUCAGAAGCUCAGAUUUUGGAAGCUCUUAGAAGGUAUACGUGUAGGCCACUUUAUCUUCAGAAAUGUUUACUUAAUUUAUUCCGUUUAACACAUAAUUUCCUUGAACCACGAGUCGAUGUCAUAAAGUUGGUGUUAAAUGGUAUGAGAGAACAUCCACACGAAGGUCGUGUACAACUACCUUGUACAGCAUGUCUUUAUAAUCUUUCCAAAGGUGAAUUUGGUAUUAUGAUUCACCCAUCUAUACUUAAACAAGUUGUUGAAUUAACAAUGGUAGCGAUGGAAUCUUAUCCAACCAAUUAUCGACUAUACAUGAAUACGCUGCUAAUAUUAUGUAGCGAUAGAAUUCUACAAGAUGUUGCUUUCGAUAAAUACAGGUGUGCACAAUUAGUGAUGAAUUCCCUGUUAACUUUUAAUGAACCAUUAAUGACUCGCAUGUCUGUUGCUAUUACCUCAGUUUUAGCAUCAAAGAUAACGCCAGUAGAAACAUCUAUGCUUGCAGCUCAACCACAAUACAUGUCUAAAUUACUUGCAAUAAUUAGGUCUAAGGUCGAAUCUAAAUCAGUAGAUAUAACGAUGAAAUUUACGUUAAGUGCACUGUGGAAUUUAACUGAUGAAAGUGCUACAACAUGUGCAAUUUUUCUGGCAGAAGGUGGAAUGGAGUUGUUCCUUGAAAUGCUUGAAAAUUUUCAGGGCUUGCCUAGCGUUGAUACUAAAGUAUUAGGUUUGAUAAAUAAUAUAGCAGAGAUUAGUUAUCUGAGACCCAAGCUGAUGGAACAUAAAUUCAUCUCUAUGCUUCCUAUAUUGUUGGUCUCCACACACAUCGACGUAUCUUAUUUCGCGGCAGGCAUUACUGCACAUCUGCUUAGCGAUGGUCCAAGUUUAUGGUGUUCGAAAAAUUUGCAACAAAACAGAGAGCAAUUGUUACAGCUUUUGGCUCACACUGUGACUCACUGGCGAACUCCUCAAGGAGAAAUGGUUGCUUAUAGAAGUUUUCAACCAUUCUUCCCCCUUUUACGUUGUUCAGAUACUCCAGUUCGACUGUGGGCAGUUUGGGCAAUACAACAUGUAAUUACAAAAAAUCCGAAACAUUACUGCAGCAUGUUAAUCAGAGAAGAAGGGGUAGAAAUCUUAAAAAGCCUGGAAACGUCAAAUACACAUGUACAAAAUUUACGGCAAUCAAUCCUUGAAAUGAUUGAAUUAAAUUCUGAAUAAUGACUAUUGCCUUCCACAACAAAAUUUGCGUACCAUGGAGUUGGUAUACUAGUCAAUGUUUAUAUCUAUGCACUCUUAUAUCCUGUCCUUUAGACCAAAUAAUUGAAAUCAUUAUAUGAUCAUGGAAAAUUAUCAAAAGUGGAUUAAAAAGUGAAGUAACAAAUCCAGAA